AUGGUUGGUUUUUGGUGCACACUGUUUGGCUUCAUGUUUCACUUGGCAGAAAUUCUCGCCGAUCAGCCUCGCAACGCUGUCUGUCAAGACACCGGCAGAGAAGAAUUCGGAUGGGCUUUAAUUGGACAUGACUACAAAAGCUCGACGGCUGAAAGUUUCGGUCGAUGCUUCUUUGACUGUAGCUUAGAUGAAAAAUGUCAAAGUACAACGUUUCUGUGGAAUACUAAGGAAUGCAAGCUGAAGAAAGAGACAAAGAAGUCAAGGCCAAUGGAUAUGGAGCAAAAUCCAGCUGCCACUUACAUGGAAAAUCCUUACCGAGGUAUUUUUACUCUACACCGUUUAAGGGGGAACAAAUAGACCGCAUAAGCCUUAACGGUCUAGAUAAAGUUUACUGUCGAGCGUACGUUAAUUGCCAAUUUUUGUCAAUUCAACUUUUUAUGUUUGUGUUAUCAAAAUGUUCCUUUUUACUGUUAGAGCCGUAAUUUCACUCACGAGGAAUGGUCGACACAUUGGCAGAAAUAAAUAAGAAAUAAUGAGACAAUUUAAAAAAGCUGUUAUCCUCGCUCAUAUGCAUUAGAUCCAGCACAUGAGAAGUUCUAGACCUAUAAACCGAGCCUAACUCUGCAAGGGCGUAAAUCUUAGGGUCGGUUAUUGAAACAAAGUAUUACGUGGAGCAUGGCUGAAGGAAUCAGUUUUCCCCACCAGCAAGGAAAACUGAACAAAUCGAUACUCAACAAUAAAAGCCUAGUAUUGUUACAUUUAAACACCGGUCCAAAUGCCAUACGGUUUUUUUAAAUUAUUCUUCAUUUUCCUGUACAUAAAAUAUAGUAAUUAAUCCUUAUAGAGAUGCAUUAAUCAGUCCUGUGCUAAUUUGAAUGCGGUUUCUUGCAGCCAAAAAAGGCUCAAAAGCCUCGGUUCCAGGCUCGUCCUGCAAAGACAUUUUAACAAGCGGUGAGGCUCAGGGAAAUGGUGGAUACUGGAUUGACCCCACUGACUCAGGGGAUCCCUUCAAGGUGUUCUGUGACAUGAAUAGUUAUGGAGGUAAGCAAUUAUUAUUUUUUUAACUUUUUUGGGGGGUUUGUUUCUCUUUAUGUAGACAAAAGAAGACGGAAGAAAACUCAGUCUAUAAAGAUCGAAGUUUUGAUAACACAUUAGCCAUGAACAAUUUACAUUGCCUUAUGUCGAUUCCAAAUUAAGUUUUAUAUCACGUCGGUUAAUCCCCCAGAAUUCAUAACAGCACAUCAGUGAAUUUCAUUAUUCGAUGAUCAUAGAGCAAUAUUAUCGCGUAACAUAGCUUUGACAAAUAGCCAUCUAUCGAUCACCGGUUGAAUGCUUUUAAGUAAUGCACCAGUUAGUUUGUCUAAUUUGACUAGUUUGAUAGCCCUCAAAUUUAUGCAUGUUAUUGGUUCGUUUGUUUCCCGAGAGUUCCUGAGGUUUUCAAAAGUUGAAUAGUUAAAUGCUUGAAUUUUAUUGGUCCGUAUGCAAAAAGUCCUCGAAAAUGAUACCAAAUUAACUUCUUAUAGAAAGCUUGUCUUUUGAGUCAUUUCAAUCGGUUAUAAUCAGUUAUGAGUAAAGUUAUGGUCAGGUUAGGGUUACAGCUACAGGCAAGGUUUUGCGCUAGGUUUAAGGUUAGGGUUAGGGUAAGUUAAAGUUUAGGGCUAGGGUUAGGUUGGGAUUGGAACAAUAAUCGGUGACAAAAUUUUUGAGACAUUGUCAACAAAUGAGGUAACGUCGAGAGCAAAACUAUCCACACCCCUCCCUAUCCUACUCAUUCAAAGAUGGAAAGUUUGGUUUUUUCUACAGACAGCUCGAACAGCGGCACAACACUACAUGGAGGGGAUGGGGGAGGGAAAGUUUUAUUUUCCUUUUUUAACUUUAGGGCGAAGUGUCUCGACUAAUUUUGUCACCGAUUGUAGGUUAAAGGUUAGGAUAAGAUUUUGGGUAAUGUUUAAGCUUAGGAUUAGCAGUUCGGGAGUAUGCCGGUUUUGGAAGAAGCGGUGACGUCAUGAUUCCAUUGUUCUGCUAAAAAUACGCAAAAAUGGGGAAAAAAUAAUCGCAAGAAACAUGGAGCUUUUUUCAAAGCCUUUUCCAGGUCCUCUCGUUCAAUAUCCGGGACUUCCGAAAUAGCAGUGCCGACAAAGAAGCCUUCUCCUUGCUUUUUGAAUGUCAAGGGAAGUUUCCUGCCACAUUUCGGUAGUUAAAAGCGACAGUUUUCAUACGGCCUUCGAAGACGCCGCGGCCAUCUUGACGGGCAUCGAAUGUAAGUACAUGUCUUUAUAUUUACUUUUCAGUAUCUUGUCGAAUUUUUACGAAAUCAAGACUAAUUUUCCUCAAAACUAAAACCUGUAAAGUGUGUUCAGGCAAAGUUCCAUCGAUGGCUGAAGCAAAAUAGUAAAAAUGGCCAACGGGCAGGAAGGGUUACUAAAUUGAUGGGUAUGCCUUAGUCUGUCUAUGUAGUUUUAGUUAUAAUCGAUCAAAUCUGUGUUUGGUUGUUUUCACCGGCAAUGUGAGGGUACCGUACUUGUCAGAUACAGCCAGGCACUGCCAGUCAGUGAACAAGUUAUCCUCGUCACUUCCCUUAUGGAUGGUCGUUCUCCUGAAGAAUUAAACAAGGGGGUUAUGAGCUCUCUUCAAGUGGACUCCCUGCAAUUGUCGACCUACAAUUUGCUUCGUGGCCGAGUAAAAGAUGCUUUAAGAGAUGCACAGUCAUUUUCUCAAACUUACACAAUUUAAAGCAUUGAGAUCGUUAAAAACAUUCAUAUGACUUGACUUGCCUGACUUGCAUGGCUCCCUUGCUCGCAGGUUAUGUCAGGACCAGAAAUAAAAUUUUUUUUCCCAAAAAACAAAAUGUCACAAUAAAUAACUUUGAUUGUAUGUUUACUCUGAUGUGUGAGCUUUGUUUUCUUGAAAGUGCUAUUCAAUAGAAACAUGGGGAACUAUGAAAAAGAACUUUGAAAAAUUUAUGUUGUGUCCAUGCCAAGUGCAGUAAUCAAAAUUAAUACUUUGGGCCAAACCUUGUAUAAGAGAAAAGUGCUCGUAGAAGUUACAAUGCCUCUGGUUUGAAGGCAACCACAGAGUUAUAAUUUAGUAUUCAGAUGUAACAUCAAAUCCCAUAUAAGAGGAUAUUUUACAACAACCCAUAACCUUGUUGAUCUCUGACCUCUGGUCAAAUCCGGUGGACUGUAUAAGACUGUAGUAUCCCAUCUUUUAAAAUGGGAUACUAUAAUCAAUAAAUCAAUAGAUCCAAAAACAUGUAACAGGCAUUCUUAGUUUUCCACUAUAUAUAUGAAAUUUUAAAGAGUCUCUUGCAUUUGUUAACCUUGAGCAAAUAAUCAGUGAACUUCAGACAGUGGAAUAAUUGAAAGCAAUAGGUUUUUUUGAAGCGGGACAAAAAAUAUGAUCGGGGAUGAUACUAAGAUUUUCACUUCGCCGGUUUUCAAGAAGAAAACGCGGAAACAAUAUCCUCAGAAAUCCCUUGUAAACCUAUUGUAUACCUGGACGGAAUCGCUUCAGGACAUGAUAAACCAACGGAACCUCAUAUUCGAAAAAACAGAUAUUUUACCCACAAAUGAUUCGCUUGUACCAAAGCAAUAACCUGAAUUACAGCCAUCUUCUCCGGCCAGUUGAUCACUCCAGAGAGAGAAACAGAAACAACAAGAAAAAUUACAAGAAAACUUACUCUUUGCAAACAUAAGGAAACAAAUUACAGAACAACUCACUUUCCUAGUUGUUUCCAAAGCAUUAUUCUUUCUUAUAAUAUGAAAAAUUAAUGAAAUAAAUAGGCACAAACUCUUGUUAGCGUGCUUACCUACAUGUAUUUUUAAAGUACCGAUUACACACGCAGUGAGUACGUAGUGCCCACUGAGAGCUCGAUAAGCGAAGAACUAUAGCGCAAGAAUGGUUACUCCGUGUCCUCAAGGUACUUCCCAAUUCAUAGUAGCGCGAAGUCAAAUAAAAAACUCGAUAAAACAAGAAUAAACGAGAAUAUUGGUCAAUACUCUUUCCUCUCCCUUGUCCGCCAUUUUGAUUGUUUUGAAAAUGACCAUCGCUAUGGUGAUCAUGUUAUGUUUCUUCCAAAACUGGCAUACUCCCGAACUGUUUAGGUCGACUCAACAUGAUCAUUCAUUCAUUGACUCAUUUGCACUUUGGCUAUGUUCACAUUUUACCGGAUAGGUAAAAUUUUGUGCAGGCACAAAAAGCUAUCCAGCAAAGUAUGACCUCAGGCCAAUCUGGGCAUCUUGCAGUAAGCAAUGGGCCAUUUGCACGAUGGCGUCAUUUUACUACCACGACCAGAAUCCUUUUCGUUUUUCGUUUCAUAUUCAAAUUUUGUAAUCCCAGUGAGGUUUAAAUAACAAAAGCCCUAAUUUGCACAAGAAAGGAAAACCCUGAAGGAUUCUGGUCUCAGUAGUAAAGUGAUGUCAUAGUGCCAAUGGCCUAUUGUUAGAAAGAGCCUUAUGGAUGCAAAAGAAAGCUGCACGCAUUAUAUCGGACGCCGAAAGAACAACACGCCACGCACGUUAACUAUGUUUAAUGAACUUCACUGGAUUUCAUUUUUUAUUGAGGCAUUAAUGACUCCCUAAGCUCCAGUAAUAUAAAGGGGGAGGCAGUAGAAAAUAUUUGUAUAACAGGAAAAGGGGGGUGGACAACUGAGGGAUAACAAUGAUUACUCCUCCCCCUACACCUGUAAGGCUUGUGAAACUAAGGAAGGAAUUUUAAAAAAAUUCCACUUUUUUUCUUUCUUUCUUUCUUUCUUUUAUUUAUAUUAUAUUAUAUUAAUUACUAUAAUUUGGCAAAGAGCCCAUGCCCCCUAUAGUAGCGGUGUCUCUAGGAGGACCCCAUAGGGUAGCGGUGUCUUUAGAGGCCUCCCUACACAGGAGCCCUGCCCUACGUUAGAGUGUAACAUAGGGUGGACCAGAAGAGGGAUGCUUUUCUAGAAAAAGAAUAGCUCAAAUAGUGAAUUGUUCCAUCUUGGAGUAAGCCGGGCUAUCCCACAUACUGUGGGGUAAAGUGCAGCCCAGGGUGCACUUCUUUGCCAACAAUAAGUAACUAACAAAGUAAAAUGUACAAACACCUAGGAUUUAAUUGAUGGGUAUUUCGAACUAAUUUUUUUUUUAUAAUGGUGGCAAGUUAAUUAAUAAUGUAAUGUAACAAUCAAGGAGAAAAAAUAAAGAACUAAAAUAGAAUAAAAUGAAAUCGCCUAUGACAAAAAUGAAAUAAAAAGAGGCAGGACAAAGCACAGGCAUAGCGAUUAAUAAAGACAAAGCUUCCAGUUGGGUGGGAGGACAGGGAAAAAUACAAUAUGCAAGUGCAAGUCUUGGUACUUGUUUGAAGAGUAAAGCAAGUGGCUAGCAAGUGGUAUCAGGGGUUUACAUAGGGCAAGACAGGUGAGAAUCAUGUGAUGCUGUGGAAAUUACUGUAUACGAAUUUAAUUACUUAGCAAAGAGAGACAGGCAAUUUUGAAUAUGUUUUAAAUAGUUAAGUAGCCUUUUAUAUUAAGUCCGUAAAAUAGUGAAACAAGGUCAAUUUUCAUUAUAUUUUUACUUGUUUUAAAUGUUAAUAGUUUUUGAAUAGGUAAAAUUUUAAAAUAAAAGUCUAGAUAGUUUUUAAAUACUAUUUUUCAACGCUUGUUUUCAAUUUUCUUUUACAGCUGUCAUAUGUAAAUUAUUAUUUUUUUGAUGACAUUGUAAAAUUAUUUUAAUAUUUUAAUGAUUUUAUGUUAGUAGAGGGCCACAAGUGUAUCAGUUUAGACCAUAACUGUCAAGUGUAACCUUCUUUAAAUAAAGGCGUCACUUCAGUUCACUUGACUUAUGCAACAUGUAACUCUCCACUUCGCUUGGGUCCGUCACAGAAAUCGGGCCGAAAUCAUUUUUCUAGUAGGCUGAUUUAGCAACAGAACGGGAACGUCAUUUGACGACGGGAAAGCGCGCGGAAAGGACGAAACUCGACUUCCAGUGCCCAAUUUGCCACUCUGUCAUUGGUCAAGCCAGUUGUUUGAUUUGCGCUCGCCGUCGUCAUCUGACGUUCCCGUUCUGUUGCUAAAUCAGCCUAGUGUGUGAACAGAAGACCGAUCUCAUUAUAUUUCUUGAGCUGGUGCAAAAGCUGUCCGGUAUAGUGUGAACGUAGCGUUAAUCCGCCGUACGGAAAAAGAUGGCAGCUGUACAUUUUACCACAAUUCCUUUCGAACCUAACACGGCCAAUUACACAUAAAGUCACAUUUUGGGGGGGGCAAAAUUUGCCCCUGUAAUAGCAACAUUGCUUAUCCUAGGUUUGAAGUUUAUAAAACUUUUCUGUGCUUUUUUAUGAGCAAUUUUAUGGUUUUCAUGCGCUAAGAACUGUAAGGGUCUGGAUGGGGGGGGGAUACAAAUGUCAGUUGUCAGUUAAAAUUUCGGUCAUUUGUCAGUUGUCAGUUAAAUUUCCGGCUUUUUGUCAGUUGUCAGCUAAAUGGUUGUUAAUGAUUAACCAUGAAACUUCUUUGAAUAUUUUUGACGCUAAAUUUGGCGUAAAAGGCACAUAUAAUGUAAAUUAAACAUUAAAUUCGAAAACUGAUGCCAUAGCACCUUAAUUUUUAUCAGUUUUGCUAUUGUACAUGUUGUAAGCAUUUCAAUUGGCCCUCCUUUUCUCAAGUCUUGGGUUACUCUCUUCCACUCGAAAGUUUUUGCUGGCCAGUGUCUAGUAUUGCCAACCAUUAAGCCAAUCAAAAUUUAUACCCUCAGAAUAUUGUAUACGCAUUAUGCAUGAGUCUUACGCCUGUGGACUAAAGACAUCGAUAUCACGCAUCAAGGACAAUUUCUCACGUGUGACUCACAAAUCCGAACAAAUUGUUCUUAACACUUUUGUGUCCUUUUUUGUAUUCUAACGAAAUCAUAUCAAAGCACGCUAAAAUUGUCGUCUUUUAAGUAGCUUCGGAAGUGCUCAAACGUCUUCGGGAACAUCUGCGGACAUUUAAUUUUAAACAACUUUCGGAAGUCUUCGGAAAUUCGUCGAAAAUCUUCGGAAGUCGCCGGGACGUUUACGGAAAUCUCCGUCAUGACAAGGCGAAAAUCUCACGCAUUUGACUUAGAAACAGUUGGCAGGUAUACUGUUGAGACGUAGAUCGUAAGAAUACCAAGAAAAACGGUCUCUGAAUCAUCUCAGUAAAAACUGCCAAUUGCCUGUGUAACGCCCUCAUUCUGAGCAGCCAUCGUAUGCUCGCGCGUUCUCAGAGGAGCGUAAAUUUGAUAUCAUAGAUCAUUUACAACAGAUGGUACAUGAUACACAUGAGUUUUACAGUAAACUCAUUAACGAAAUAUGACACUUAAUCGUCUUGCUGCUAAGAUUACCUUAAAAAACGCACAUUUGAUCAUAUUGUCUGAUGAAAAGAGUAGAACAAUUCUAUUUUAAGGCCUUAAAAACGGGUUUUGUAGAAAAUAAGGGACAAUCAGGUCCUUUGUGAGCUGACAGUAAAACCCAAGGCAAAUGUCAGUUGUCAGUUAAAUUUUCGGCCAUUUGUCAGUUGUCAGUUAAAAUUUUGGCCAUUUGUCAGUUGUCAGUUAACCCCAUCCAGACCCUCUACUGUGGGUAAAUGUACAUCUACCAGUCGCCAUCUUUUUGGGUACGGUGGAUUCUCAGAUCGUCUCAAUUUUUUGAAUUACUUUAAACAAGUUUUUAUAUAAGUUUGCCACCGAAAACAUUUAACGUAUUGUGGCUUCUGAUAGUUCAGUAUAGCAUUAAUCAUUUUUACUGGGUGAUACUACUAAUCUCGGCCAGAUAAUAAAAACUUUUUACCAAUUCGUUCCUAUGAUUACCCACUGUUUCAGGUGGAUGGCUUCUUAUCAGUCGCUUUAUUAUGGAAACGUCCGAUUCAAUCAACGAUAUUUCAAGCUCGUCGGAUUCUUAUAGGACAAUUCUUCCUGCAUACACUUCCAACAGCCAAUAUCUGCUGAGAAACGGCUUCAAUCAGUUGAAACAAGAUAUGGGCUUCACUCAGAUCCGACUGUAUUGCUUCAAAAAGACAAGAGGCCGAGUCUUUCAUAUCAUGACCAAAGAAGAUACCAAAGGGGCAAACGUGGUGAAGUUUUUUACUUCGUCUAAUAACAUACCCAAAGCUUGUGGAUCCUUUUCACGCCUUCCAGAUGACAACUCGUCUCUGGCAGUCAAAUGCGACAAGUGGGGUUACCCGGAUACAGAUCGAUGGGGACAUGGAAAUAUGUUAACAGAUAGUCGCCUUUUUUUAAGGCCCAUGACAUGGGCAUCUGCUCCCCGGUUUUAUCGCUUAAAAGGUCCAAAAUAUCAGUGUGACGACGAUGAUGACCUUAACCCUUCAAUUGGUGACACCUGGCAGGUCUUUGUGCGAUAA